AUGACAACAGCUCUGCAGAAGCUCUCCUACAAACAGAGUGUGGCUGUCAGCACCCGUCAUCUCCCUGACGACGUUACAAAGAAGAGGGGAACCUCACUUGAGCGCAAAGGCAUCAGCCGAAUUCUGCAGGGUUUGAGGCAUGCAGACCCCUGGGACCUGGAAGACAUCCGUGGGAGUGGCCUAAACAGGACCGUCCUAGGAGAGACUGAGGGUGGGCGCCACGGUCUGGAAAGGAUUGCCCCGCAUGGCAUCACACGAGAUUGCCGAGCCCCCACUUCCCACUUGAACGCUCUGAGAGAUGCGGGGAGUGGUCAGCAGCCCCCGGCCCCGCCCCCGGGCCCCGCCCCGAGGGCUCCUCCGUCGGCUCCGCCCCGGCGCCCCCAGCCCCCGCCCGCCACGCGCCCCGCCCUGGCCCUUGCCCGGCGGGUGCCCGCACUCGGAGCCCGGAGCCCCGGCCCGUCGGACCCGCGUCGCAGCGGCCGGAGAUGCAGUGGGGCACCGCGCUUUGCCUGCGCCUCUGGCUCUGCCUCGGACUCCUGCAAGGUGAGCGCAGAGACCUCCGCCCGCUCCGGAGUGCAAGACGAGCGGUGGAGGCGAGGGAGCCGUCCCGGCUGGAGCGAGUGGUGGGGCCGCCUCGACGGACUCGGGAGGGGAACAGAACUGGCAGGGAGGGAUCCCCGAGGAGUUUUGUGGAAGUCGGGGGGACACACGGUUGGCUGCAAGCCUGGGACACUGGAGGAGGCAGGGCGGGGGUACGCAAAGUGGACGGAGCGCAGGAGUCCGGGCUCCCGGGCGGCCAGGAUGAGGAAAGACGGGCGGGACUGCAGCCGGGUCAGGGACAGGCAGCGGGGCUGCUCCGGCGUGCGGAGAUCGCUGUCGGGCUUUCUGACCACCUCGGCCUGUGGAUCCCUGCGGGCCAGGCCCCUUAUCGUUGUUACCUUCAGCCUGGAUCCCUCAUCUCCUAGCUUGGUUCCUCCGGGAAUCCCCGCCCCACACCACUGGCCUUGUCUGGCGAGCGGCUACUCCAUGACCUCUCCGAGCCUGAAUAUCACUGAGGAGUCCUACGUCAUCAACGCCAGUGAUAGUCUCUCCAUCUCCUGCAGGGGGCAACACCCUCUCGAGUGGACCUGGCCAGGGGCUCAGGAGGCACCCGCCAACGGGGGGAAAGACAGCGAGGACACAGGUGUCGUACGAGACUGUGUGGGCACUGAAGCCAGGCCCUACUGCAAAGAGCUGCUGCUCCGCGAGGCUCAAGCCAACGACACAGGCACCUACCGCUGCUACUACAAGUACAUCAACGCCCGCAUUGAGGGCACCACUGCAGCCAGCGUCUACGUAUUCGUGAGAGAUUUCGAGCAGCCUUUCAUCAACAAGCCACACACACUCCUGGUCAAACGGAAGGACUUCAUGUGGGUGCCCUGCCUGGUGUCCAUUCCAGGUCUCAACGUCACACUGUGCCUGCAAAACUCAGUACUGCGGCCAGACAUGCAGGAGGUGAUAUGGGAUGACCGCCAGGGCAUGCGAGUGCCUGUGCCGCUGCUUCGGGAGACCUUGUACCUGCAGUGUGAGACCACCUUGGGGGGCCAGGACUUCCGGUCUAACCCCUUCCUCGUGCACAUCACAGGCAAUGAGCUCUAUGAAAUGCAGCUGUUCCCUAAGAAGUCACUGGAGCUGCUGGUUGGAGAGAAGCUGGUCCUGAACUGCACUGUGUGGGCUGAGUUCAAUGCAGGUGUCACAUUCAGCUGGGACUACCCUGGGAAGCAGGAAGAGAGGGGUAAGUGGGUGCCGGAGCGGCGCUCACAGCAGACCCACACAGAGCUCUCCAGCAUCCUGACCAUCUACAACGUCAGCCAGCGAGACCUGGGCCCCUACGUGUGUAAGGCCAGCAACGGGGACCACGAACUCAAAGAUAAAACCGAGGUCAUCGUGCAUGAAAAGCCCUUCAUCAGUGUCGACUGGCUCAAAGGUCCCAUCCUAGAGGCCACAGCAGGCGAUGAGCUGGUGAAGCUCCCUGUGAAGCUGUCGGCAUACCCCCCACCUGAGUUCCAAUGGUACAAAGAUAAAAAGGCAGUGUCUGGGCGCCACAGUCCACAUGCCCUGGUGAUCAAGGAGGUGACAGAAGCCAGUGCUGGAACCUACACCCUCGCCCUCUGGAACGCGGCUGCCGGCCUGUGGUCCAACAUCAGCCUGGAGCUGGUGGUGAACGUGCCCCCCCACAUCCACGAGAAGGAGGCCUCCUCCCCCAGCAUCUACUCCCGCCACAGUCGCCAAGCCCUCACCUGUACCGCCUACGGGGUGCCUCCACCCCUCAGUGUCCAGUGGCACUGGCGCCCCUGGACACCUUGCAAGACCUUCACCCAGCGCAGCCUCCGACGGCAGCAACGAGACAGCAUGCCACAGUGUCGGGACUGGAGGGAGGUGACCAUGCAGGAUGCUGUGAACCCCAUUGAGAGCCUGGACACCUGGACUGAGUUUGUGGAGGGGAAGAAUAAGACGGUGAGCAAGCUGGUGAUCCAAGAUGCCAAUGUGUCUGCCAUGUACAAAUGUGUGGUCUUCAACAAGGUGGGCCAAGACGAGCGGCUCAUCUACUUCUAUGUGACCACCAUCCCCCAUGGCUUCAGCAUCAAAAUAGAGCCAUCUGAGGACCCUCUGGAGGGCCAGGCUGUGCAGCUGAGUUGCCAGGCCGACAACUACACCUAUGAGCACCUGCGUUUGUAUCGACUUAACCUGUCCACGCUGCACGACGCGCACGGGAACCCGCUGCUUCUAGACUGCAAGAACGUGCACCUCUUCGCCACGCCGCUGGCUGCCACUCUGGAAGAGGCAGCGCCCGGGGAGCGACACACCACGCUCAGCCUGCGCAUCCCCCAGGUGUCACCUGAGCACGAGGGCGACUAUGUGUGCGAGGUGCAGGACCGACGCAGCCAGGACAAGCACUGCAACAAGAAGUACCUGUCUGUGCAGGCUCUAGAAGCUCCGCGGCUCACACAGAACUUGACGGACCUCUUGGUGAACGUGAGCGACUCCCUGGAGAUGCUGUGCCCGGUGGCCGGGGCGCACGUGCCCAGCAUCGUGUGGUACAAAGACGAGAGGCCACUGGAGGAGGAGUCUGGAAUAGACCUGGCCGACUCCAACCAGAAGUUGAGCAUCCAGCGCGUACGCGAGGAGGACGCGGGCCGCUAUCUGUGCAGCGUGUGCAACGCCAAGGGCUGCGUCAACUCCUCCGCCAGCGUAGCUGUGGAAGGCUCGGAAGAUAAAGGUAGCAUGGAGAUCGUGAUCCUUGUCGGAACCGGGGUCAUCGCAGUCUUCUUCUGGGUCCUCCUCCUCCUCAUUUUCUGCAAUUUGAGGAGGCCAACCCACGCAGACAUCAAGACCAGUUACCUGUCUAUCAUCAUGGACCCUGGAGAGGUGCCCCUGGAAGAGCAGUGUGAAUACUUGUCCUAUGAUGCCAGCCAAUGGGAGUUCCCUCGAGAGAGGCUGCACCUGGGGAGAGUCCUCGGCCACGGGGCCUUCGGGAAGGUGGUGGAAGCUUCCGCGUUUGGCAUCAACAAGGGGAGCAGCUGUGACACCGUGGCUGUGAAAAUGCUGAAAGAGGGUGCCACGGCCAGCGAGCACCGGGCCCUUAUGUCUGAGCUCAAGAUACUCAUCCACAUCGGUAACCACCUCAACGUGGUCAACCUCCUGGGAGCGUGCACCAAGCCAAACGGCCCCCUCAUGGUAAUCGUGGAGUUCUGCAAGUAUGGUAACCUUUCCAACUUCUUACGUGCCAAACGGGAUGCCUUCAACCCCUAUGCGGAGAAGUCCCCAGAGCAGCGAAGGCGCUUCCAUGCCAUGGUGGAGGCUGCCAAGGCUGACAGAAUGAGCCAGUCCCGUAGCAGUGACAGGGCCCUCAUGCGGUUGCUGGUGGGCAAAAGUGUGGCAGGACAAGCGCCUUCAGCCCAAGAGGCAGAGGACCUGUGGCAGAGCCCGCUAACCAUGGAAGAUCUCAUCUGUUACAGUUUCCAGGUGGCCCGAGGGAUGGAGUUUCUGGCCUCCCGCAAGUGCAUCCACAGGGACCUGGCUGCUCGGAACAUUCUCCUGUCAGAGAGUGACGUGGUGAAGAUCUGUGACUUCGGCCUUGCCCGGGACAUCUACAAAGACCCUGACUAUGUCCGCAAGGGCAGCGCCCGGCUGCCCCUGAAGUGGAUGGCCCCGGAGAGCAUCUUCGACAAGGUGUACACCACACAAAGCGACGUGUGGUCCUUUGGGGUGCUGCUCUGGGAGAUCUUCUCCCUGGGGGCCUCCCCAUACCCUGGGGUGCAGAUCAACGAGGAGUUCUGCCAACGCUUAAAAGAUGGUACCCGAAUGAGGACCCCAGAGCUGGCCACGCCUGCCAUACGCCGCAUCAUGCUAAGCUGCUGGUCAGGAGACCCCAAGGCAAGACCUUCAUUUUCAGAGUUGGUAGAAAUCCUGGGGGACCUAUUGCAGGCUGGGGACCGGCAGGAGGAAGAGGACUUCAUACCUCAACGUGGCUCCCAGAGCUCUGAGGAGGGCAGUUUCCUGCAGGCAUCCACCACCGCCCUGCACAUCGCCUCCCCUGACUCCGAGAGCAGCUCGCCCAGCCAGCACCGCCACAGCCUGGCUGCCAGAUACUACAAUUGUGUGUCCUUUCCUGGGUGUCUGGCCAGAGGGACUCAGGCCCAGGGUGCCUCCAGGAUGAAAACUUUCGAGGAAUUUCCCAUGACCCCUACGACUUACAAAGCUUCGGUGGAUAACCAGACAGACAGUGGAAUGGUGCUGGCCUCUGAGGAGUUUGAGCGGAUAGAGAACAGUCAUAGACAAGAAGGUGACUUCAGCUGCAAAGGACCUGGUCGGGAUGUGGAUGUGAAGAUGGCACACCCUGAUUCACAAGAAAUGUGGCAGCGGCCCAGUCAGGGGGAACAAGAAGGCCAAGUGUUUUACAACAGCGAGUAUGGGAAGCUGUCGGAAUCACACGAAGAGGGGGACUGCACCUCAUCAGCCUGUGCACCCUUCUUCACAGAUGAUACCUACUAA